GUACGCUGUCUUGCCUCUCCGCGCUCUAGCUGUUCGUCAGUACCAGUCUGGUCCUCUCUGUACACUGUACUCCUUCACUAUAGCAGCGCUACGUAACUAUAGUAGUCCUGCGUCACUACAGCAAUCCUGCGUCACUACAGCAAUCCUGCGUCACUACAGAAAUCCUGCGUCACUACAGGAGUCCUGCGUCAUUUGUCACUACAGCUGCCAGACUACAGUGAAGAACAUCCGAGGGAGUGAAGAGAGAUAUGGCUGCACAAGAUAGAACACUAUAUGACCGCGCAUUACGACUGAAGCUGUCUGAAGCGGGCCUUUCUAGAUACAGCUAUCCACGGCCUCAUCCCCAGGGAAGCGGUAAGGCUCGGAUAAGCAAUGUGGUUUCCCUAUACCCUCUCAUCCCGACAGCUGACACACGCAAAUGUAUUCGGUGCAAUACAGUGUACCGUGUUGAUGAUGAAGGACGUCCACUGAUCGCCAGUGUGUGUCGAUACCAUUUUGGCAGACAUUUUGGCCCCGUUAAGCUCUAUCGCUGUUGUCACCAAAAGAGUAAUGCCGCCCCCUGCAAAAUAGCAUCCCAGCACGUAACAGCAGAUAUAGAUCUUGAUAAUCUUACUGGAUUUUGCCACACUCAGCAAAGUGAUAGUGAUGAAAAAUCCAUUUAUGCCUUGGACUGUGAGAUGAUCUACACCACAGAGGGAACGGAAGUGGGGGCAAUCUCUGUGGUCAACGCUGACUACCAAGUGGUUUAUGAGACGCUUGUGAAACCUGAGAACAUCGUAGACUACAACACGGAGCACUCUGGACUCACUGCCACACAAUUCCAAGGUGUUACGACGAACCUUCAAGAUGUACAAUCCAAGCUGUUGUCUUUGUUCGGGAGCAAAACCAUUCUUGUGGGCCACUCCCUAAACCACGACCUUCUACGAUUGAAACUGAUUCAUGACCUUGUUGUAGACACCGCUGUAAUGUACCCUCACCCAAGAGGCCGCCACCUCCGCAACUCUCUGGGCUUUCUGAAGAAGUAUAUCUUGAAAUCCAAUGAGAGUACCAGCUCGGCUCUCAAAUGUAGAGAUGAUGCCAUAACCAUCAUGAAGCUUCUCCACAGGAAGUGUUAAGAAUUGUUCCAUAAAAGCGGCCUGCCACGCGUGUUUAAUUUGCCUCACGAAAACGGCCAGGAUUUAACCAGCAUUUACGCAACCACUUACGAGCCUAUACAUCUUUGAUAUCCAAACCACACAUCAGAAAAUGAUUACACGACUUGAUAAUGGUCCAGGACGGACCGAAACGUCGUAGUUUCUUCGUUUUCUGAUGUCUGCCUAUCAUAUAUUCAACCAUAUUAUAUUAAUUAUAUACCUCUUAGUGUUUCGGAGCUAAUUAACAGUUUAGCAAAUGUAAGAAAGCUGCCUAAGAUUGAGAAAAGAUUUAAAAGUUCCUAAGUAGUUGCAUAAAUGCUUGUUGAAUCCUAGCCUCGUCUGCCACAAGUAUUGAGAAAAUACCCCAGAGAGCUAAGCCAGGUCUCCUGAAGCACUUAUGCAAGUUCUUCAGCAACUUUGCAUUCUUGGCAGUUAUGCUGUGAUUCAUCAAAAGCAAAUCGUCCUAUGAACACUGCUUCAUGACAAGGCACCUCUGGAACACUCCUAGGCUUUCUUUCUGCGGUUUCAAUCAAUGAAUCACUUUCUGUGGUUGAUGUUCAAUAAACCACUGAACUAUAUGUUUAACAGACCUCUAACCCUGUCCAUUCCUCUUCCCUUUCUGGCCCGUUGUCGUCGUGAGGGGACUUGAGGGGCGACUGCCGGGGUGUGAUGUUUCAUGUUUCAGACAUGAAACACUUACAACUAAAAAAGGGUCAUUAAGUACAUGAGUAAACACUUACAACUAAACAAGGGUCAUUAAAGACAUGAGUCCACUCAUGAGUUCACAUGAACACUUACCAUGUGUUCAACACAGAGGAUUAUUCUUGUGCUUCAUAUUCUAUUAGUUGAGAAAUGUUAAUUACAUUUUUUUUAUUAUUUUUUUAUUUUUUAUUAUAUAAUUUUUUAAUUAAAAAAAAUAAAUAAAUAUGAACAUUUAUUUUUUUAUUAUAUAUAUUAUUAGUACAUUUUAACAAUAUUUCUCAUUAAUAUGUACUUAAACACAUCGAACAUUGAAAGGCAACAUUUACUUCUCACUCAAAAUCUAAAUUUAAGCAAGUCCAGAAAAGUCCACAAACUAAACAACGAUAAUUAAGGACACGAGUAAACACUUUAUAAAUGAAAUUAAAAAAAUAGAUGACAAUGAAGAAAAGGAAAUAAUUAUUAAUAAAAUAAUUUAAGAUAAGAUUAUCACAAAUAACUUAUUAUGAGGAAAAAUGUCAGUGAAAUUAGUUAAAUGAAUUGAUUAUAUGAUAAUAAUUACAUGAUAUUAAGUAAAUAUUUUUGUGUCAUUUAAUUAACAACGUUUAAGAGGUCAUUCCACAUUUUGGGACCCUUGAUAUGCUUAGCAUUUCUGCUUUAGUUGAGUCUCACUCUAGGAAUAUCAAAGAUAUAUUUGUUUCUCGUGUGGUGACCAUGAGUUAUAUUACAGAUACAUGAAAAUUCCUAUACAUUUAAUUCUGGGUUAAGCUUCACACCUUUAGUGUUUAAUACAGUAUAUAGCUUGUGCACUUAUUAAUUAACCACUGUAUCAUGUUGUAAUGUAUAUAGCAUAAUAUACCAACCUGUCCUCUUAAAAAGAACGUCCCUUUUCGCUCGUAUGGGUUACUAAGGCCUAAAAUUGUUGUACUAGAAAAUGGAAGUGGCUCGCGAAAGUGACAUACUGUCCCGUUUUCUAUUUUGUUACCUUUGGUCUGUUAGGUUAGGAGAGAACACUUUAAGUUAACCGUUUUCUUGACUUUUUGAAACCUUAGGGGAGAUGGGCUGAAUAUACAUAAUGUUUAGUACUAAGAAAAUCAUUUGGAGCAAUGCAGGUAUUUGAACCAGUAUCCUAGCGACUCCCAGACGCUAGCCUUAGCCCACUCGGCCAUGAUAUGACAAGCUAUUCAAUCAGAUCUCUACCAAGUCCACUGGGAGUCUGGAGGCCCACCUGGUGCCACAACAAGGUUUUACCAAUAGUUUACGUACAUCAGAAAAUUAAGAAACAACGAUGUUUCGGUCCAUCAUGGACCAUUAUGAAGUCGUUACCAGGGGUUCGGGGGCAGGUGGGGUGAUUUCCCCCACUGGUGGCACUGAUGUUGCCACAAGGCAUCGAUCUUUUUAUUUAUCUUAUCUAACGCAAUAAUAACUCACUAGGAAUUGCUGAUCAAGCGUUGCUGUACACUGCCUGGGUUCAAAACUAUGUUUAGGUCUCUGCACCUUAAAUAUCCAGGGAUACUGGUGGUAAAAUCACGGACCGCGCCGACACAUAUGUCUCGCUCAUGUGUUAUAAAGCAGAUGUUUCCUUAUGCUUCGUCACUCUUCAAUUGAGAAUGAACCUUGUAGGUUCGAAACGUUGUGUAAAUUAUGAGCAAAAACAGGUUUAGCUCGGACAUAGCCUCGCAUACAAUGUCAUUCUCGUACCGCUUCUCUGCCACUCUCAGCUUUAUGUUCAACUAGCUUGUCCUGUUAUUUUAUAGCUUGUACAGCUUGUGAACUGUUAUUUUAAGGCUGUCAUGUACAUUGCUCAUUAUGUUGGUUUGUCAUUUUGUAGUGUCAACAUGUA